UUUCACAACAAACGCACUGUAUUGGCAAUGCUCAUUGCUAACUGACAUUGAUGCUUUACCAGUUAUGCACAUAGAUUGAGGAGCGCGAGACUUUCCGAACGGCGCGGUCCCUCAAGUGUGGUUCGCUUUUUGUUGUGGUUAGUGGUAACCGCUGCUCUUAAGAAGUUGAUCGGGGAAAAGGCGCAGUUGUCCUACGGAAAAGUUUAUAAACUUUCUCGAGCGGACUCUUCGCGGAGUUUGCGAAGAGUAAAAAGAGAGAGAACUUUAUUUUGGAUUGCAUAAAGAAGACACGUUUUAUAGCUAUUUGAUUUUUUCCGGUGGUUGAUUGCAUCCUAUAGACAUAUAUUUCAUAGAUGCGGAGCGGAGUUUUGGUAUUUUUGAAAUUACUUCAAAAGCGCGUGCGAAAGCAUGAGAGGACAAAUAUGAUCCAGAUGAUAUUUUUGAAUUUGAGAAAUGACUAAUACUUGUAUUUUGGAUGCCACAGGAAUAUUAAUCGAUUGUAAAUAUUUAUAUAUUUGAACGAAAAACAAACAAACAAAUGUGUGUUUAGAUCUGUGUUUAAUGCACUUUUACAUUGUUGUAUAGGAGUGAAAAAAAGUGUUUUUUGUGUUUACAGAGACAGUAAAUUUUGAUGGGACAGUUUCAUUGUUGCCCCUCUCCAUUUUAAUACAAGUAUUUGUGUUAUCUUUAUCAUCAGUGGGAGAUAAAAACAAAUGAAAUGUUUAAAUUAGAUACAUUUUUUUUAUCCAACUGAGAGAAAUAACGACGAUAUAUUUGAAAAUUUUAUAAAUGAAAGAAUCUUGUCAUCUGUUUAUUUAGACUAAACUGCUUUUCAAACUAUAUCGAAAAGUGCCAAAAACUAUAUAAUACUCUGUUUGGUGUUAUUGAUGUGACUGAAAUUCGUAGGCAUAAAGAUUAGUGUUUAUCGUUGUAUUAUUGUGGGCGAAAAUAUUUGUACCAUAUCCUGUUAUUUAUAUAAAUUUCUAUCAGGCAGUAGUAAAGAGUGUACGUAUUUAAAGUUGGACAUUUUUAUCGUGCUGCUUUUUAUUGUUGAAGAAAAAAAAGAUGCACAAUUCCCUUUCAAACUAAAUUUCUUUCGAACUUUGACUGAAUUAACAUUUUGAACUAAAAGUCAAAUAUGAUGACCGACUCCAAAUUGAGGUGCCGGAAUCGGUACUGGUGUCGUGGAUUUCACAGAAGCACACUUCUUUGGGUAUUGCUGUUGUGGACAUUUCCUUUUGCAGCUCCAGUUUGCCAUUUCCCCAGCAAAUUAACCGGACUCUGGUUCCAGAAAGGUUGGCAAUCCGCCAUCCGUAUAGAUGGCAGCACAUUCUCCAUUAAAGGGACGUGUAUAGAUUCUAAUCAAAAUAUGUUUCUUAUCGAAGAUAGCAAAGAGAAAUGUUUCCGCUGUAUUAUAAUACAUGAGAAGCAUCCAAAUGUGCUGCAAUAUAGAGAAACUUACUGUGAUGAACACCGGACUUUGGAAGAAGCAUGCAGUAGUUUAACAGUCGAUAACCAUCUGCACACAAUGUUUAAAGUGCAUUCGUCGCCUGUGCCCUGCCCUUUCAAAGGACCUUUCACCUUCAAUUACAGUCGUGGUCAAGGGGAAUGCAGGCACCCUCCAUCAACCAUCGACACAUGCACUGAUGACUCCCAACUGCUCUUCAGAUUCCAAGCUUGUGCGGAUGUUAUUGGCACAGAAAGCAGCGAGGAAGAAUUGACAUGCCUCGCUACAUGGAAAGAAGGUUCCGCCCAUUACUUAGUAGGCAAAAUGAAACCGAGAAAAAGUUACGCCGUUCCACAUGGAGACGAAAAUUACUACAGAUGUUUCGUAUAUGAAAAGGAUAAGGACACUUUCGACAUUUCACAAUCAGCUGAUCCAACAUGCGAUGGACUAGUUUCUCCUCGAGAUGGCUCCAGAAUUAUGAAGCUAACAAAAACUAAACAUCCGACAUCUGGCUGCCAGUUCCCAUCAUGGGUAACUUCGACGCAUCAUUGGCAUACGCUCGAUGGGCGCAUGAGCUACUAUUUCAGCCACCGAAACACCAGCUACAGGAUUGUUCAUCAGCAUUCAGGCCAUGCGGAGACAAAGGUCACUUGUACUGAUGAAGUUUCAUCAACUCCAAAUUCUACGACAGUCGUUGCGUACAGUAUGCAAGGCUGCUCAAACGGCUUUGUUUGCUUGACAUUUCAUCAGCGAGAGAAGCAUAUAAUUGAAAUUCAGACAGGAGAAUUUGCUCGGAGGCCACACGAUGCCUGCUCUUCCCCAAGGUACGAUUCAGGUGGAAUGGAUUACAUCACUUUAGUAGCUCAUUCUGCUUCUGUGAUUGCGCUGUGUCCACAACUGGCUGAAACCAAUGGAUUGAGAAUAGCGUCAAACAAAAAUCACAUUCGAUCGGAUCAAUGUCAAGAUUCUGCCGUCAAAGUUGUAGGAUGCAGAAGUCAUGAUUCUUUGGAAUUUUUGUCGACUUGUGAAACUGUUCGAGAGCAUAUGACCUUCCAAUGUCAAGGAACUUGGGAAGAAAACGGCAGGAACUACCUCAUUGCAGGACUCAAGGGUUCGAAAGUUCGAUACUGUUUUGUAUAUUAUUCGAAUCCAAAGAUGACUCAAUUUUCAGGCCUUCCUGACACUUGCAGGAGGACAAUUGUUCCUGGAGUUACUGGGAAUCUCACUUUUAAUAUUACAUCAGCAGGUGAAUGCGACAACUUGCUGAACAGUUCGUCAAGACUAAAACACACUCUGGAUCUACUUCUGACUGCCGCGGUCCUAAUUCUAAGCAUCCUAUUAGUCCGGUGACCGGCCACAAGCCUGUCCUGGUCAUGUGACACUACGUCGUCCAAUCAGCGCAUCAAAUCUGCCCCUUUUAGGGGUAAAGAGGGUGGGUCGAAAUUGGGGUGUUUAGUACCUCUUCUAAAGGGUCGUUGUGGAGACCCACUCGUGUGCUCUACCAUUAAUGGACUUGCAAGACCGAAGAGGACAACUGCUUAACAACGCAUAAGCACUCUAUGAGCCACGUGCAACUUUCACGACAUAUAUAGGCAUCUGUAAGCACUAUCGGAACAGGACUUCAUACUACUACUGAUUGUGAACUUCAAUGAAGUUUAAAAAGUUUUGUCGUUCGGUUAAUUCGAACUGAAUGUUCUGCUCAGAGAUACUGAGCGCAGACAAGAGGCAAAAAGCACAGGUUAAAAUUUGCAAAGAUAUGCAUAUAAAUGCAGAGUAUAUUGUCAAAAGUAAACUCGAGGAAGUGUUAAUUUGUUUACAGCUUGAAGUGAAUAUUUAACUUUUAAGAAAACUAUGGAAAUGAUUAUUCAGCAAUAUUUUCAAGUGUAACUGUAAAUUGUCAUACUUAUGUGUCUUAUAAUUGUUAUGGUAAUUGCGUUACAGUCUCAUUCUAAUUUCUCUGUCAUAAAACAUAUUUCGCAUGAGGAAAUAAUUCAUAGUUAGAAGGUGCAUGAAUUUGAUCCUUUUUAAUGAAUAAUUUAUAGAUUCAGGUUUAUAAUUUGAAAUAAUUUAUGUCUGGUUAAGAAUACUGCACAAAUUUUAUUCAUUUAUAAGUCAGUAAAGUCUUCGAACUGAAUUUUAAUUCUGAAGGUAAGUUCAUCUUCUUUGUUUUUUAAUUUAAAUCAGAUAACCGUUGCUGCUCAUUUUCGACUUCAGAUGGUUUGAGGUAAGUGAUACUAAAAUAUUUCAGCAAAUGGUAGACCGAAAUUCACUUUCUCUAAUGCAAUCCCUGUAAUUUAAAUACUGAUCGAAUUCUAUAAAAUAUCUUUGAUACAAAACCUACUAAACUGUUACAAGUCCGUUUUGGUUUUUGAGUAGGGACACAAAAAUAAUUUGAUAAAGAAUUUUGCUAAACUCUGAGGUGCAUUAUUUUCCAAGAAAAAUUGAUUAAAUGAAUGUGUUUUCUGCAUGUUUUAUAAUAUAACUUAUCUUUUCAGUUCAGGUUAAAUAGACAUAUUUUGAUAAUUCUAAAUAUUUAUAUCCUAUAUAAACUAUAUCUUACAAGCAUUUAAACCUUGAAUGAAAUAUAUAAAACCAUGAAUCUUAAUCACAUGUACAAAGGUAUAUAAAAGCAAUUAUUUUUAGCUGCAUAACUAAAAGUCAUUAAUUAGCAAAUGUGAUUUAGGCAUAUUAAAUCUCAUUCAAAUAAUGAAAAAAUUAAAAUUUCAGUUGUGGAGAGUCAAUACAAGAUGUUUAAUAAUUUUUAUGAAUCAUUAGGUUAUUUGUCGUGCAUUUUUCUUUUUUUAUCUUCUGUUAUUUUUGCAAAUGCCAAAUGAACUAAAUGUGAAGCUUGGUAUGAAUACAUAAUUUUUAGAGGAUGAAUUCAUUUUUAAUAUAUUUGAAGUAUUUAAUAUUUUCUUCGAGUCACUUACUGUCAGGUAAAUAUUUUAACAAAUGAAUAACAUAGACCUUUGUUUUUAAGACAGGGUCAAAAUGCUGAAAAUGCCUAUUUGAGUCAUCAAAACUGACUGUUGGUAAGUUGUGUUAGGUGAGUUAAAAUAAUUUUACUGUGGUUUUUCAAUUAAUCCUGCUUAAAAUGUUUUGUGAAUUAAAAAGAUGUAGAUGACAGUUAUUUCGUCAAUGCUGUUAAUUUUCAAUAAAUGAAACAAGUACUUUCCAUUUUCCCUUAGAAUAAUUUUUUUAAGUUUUCACUGAUGGUAAGGCUGUAUUUCAUUCUGAUAACUUUGUAAGAUGAACUGUUAAAAAUAUAAGGGUUUUGCUCCCCUAGACUUAAUGAAAAAACAUUAAGAAGUGCAACAAAUUGAUUUUUGUUUUUUAAAAAAAAGCGACUGGAACUCAAUUUACAUAUAUUAAUGCAAAAUACGGCUAAGUUAUCGUCGUUCCAGUAAUUUAUAUUUCAUUUCCAUUAAAAUAAAGACCCCCUGCCCCCCCCCAUGUUGAAAUAGCAGCAUCAGUAGUUAUGAUUAUUUUAAGGCGAAGACACAUAAUAAUUUUAUUCAUAGAAAGAUUAAUAUAUGAAUAACUAAACAUUUUAUAAUCAUUGUGAAUUUAAAACAGUAAAUAUUCCUCUGCAAAUAUUCUCAGAACAAAUGAACAAUUCCAAGCAAAAUGUUAGAUAGUUGUACCUAGUAUACUUUUAUAUGUCUAAUUUCUUAUUUUUUUGUACAGUAUGUCCAUCUCACUGUUCACAAAACCUUUUAGGUAUUUCUUUCCUAUCGAAGAAUAAAGUUUAAAUUAUUAAUUUAUACCUUGAUUUCAAAGUGCAGUAUUCUUAAUUAUCGUAUUAAGCUGUGUAAAUGCAUGCGCAAUUCAUUUGUAAAGCAAUAAUUAUUUAAUGUAUCAACUUAGAAUGUUUGUAUUAAUUUAUGUCAUGUCACAUUUUUUUUCUGAAAAAAGGGGCAUGCAGUUAUUUAUUUAUUCCUUAUUUUUUAUUAUUUUUUGAAUUAAAUUAUUCUUUAUUUACCAAAGAAUUUAACAUUUUCAAUUGAUGUAUUAGAUGUGAAAAUAUUUGUAGUUUUCACCUUAUAUGUGUUGACCUGUGCUUUUUGUAUUUAAAGUAAAUUAUGGAAAGAAUUUGAUUCAUAAGAGGCAGGAGGUUCAAAAACCUGCCAUGCCAAUGGUGAUGGACUUGAACUGAAGUAGAAACUCCUGUAUUGGAGUUUAUAGGUUAUGGUUUACCUUCGACUUUUCAAUAUUCAAUUGAUCAGUUCCCAAAAAUGGCAAUUUUCUGCUAUUUUACAUUAUCUGAACUGUAUCUUUUAUAUUAUAUUAACACAUUAAAAUAUAUGUAGUGCCAAGUUGGAAGAAUACUAAACACGUAAUUAAUAUUCUUAUUUUAGUCUGAUCAAAUAAUAGAACAGUUUGUGUUUCAUGUUUGAAAUUUUCCACUUCGCUGUAUGCUUAUUUCCUGGAAAAUUUUAAAACACUUUCAGAAAUUCCGAAUGCUUGUAUUUCAUUAUAAAUAAGGUAUCUAUGGAAUCUUAUUAUCCAUGCCUGAUUAUGAGGUAAAUUGUAAAACCAUAAAUAAAACUAUAAAAUAAAAAAAUGAGGGAGCAAUUAACAGUAUGCCCUUAAAGAAAUAUCUUUCCAAACUCCAGCGGUACAUGUCUUUUUUUUUUUUUUUUUUUUUUUUUUUUUUUUUAAGUUUUGCUACUUAUUUAUUUCUUUAUAAAAAAGAUUUUAUAAAGAAAUGAAUAAGAAAAGCUCAAAUCUCAAAUUGUAAGAAAGGCUCAUUAUCUUUUCUAAACUUGCGAUAUCACUUACUUUUAAGGUUUUUUAAUACUUCUCUGUAUAUUAAUACUGAAAAGACCCAAACACCAGUUUAACAAAACUGCGACAAAUCACAGUAAGUUUAACAAAAUCACUGCGAAAUUUCUUCCCCCUUUCGUUAAGUGUGAUUAGUUAAUUACCCAUAAUGCGUGCUUUCUUCAUUAGAGAGUCUCGCCCAGAUGUGUUAGGGAGGACAAGGAAAUAUCUGAAAAUUUUGAAAGAACACCCGAACAUACAUUUGCUUAAUAGCCACAUGUUCAUCUUUUGUAUAUGAAUCCCUUAAAAACACCAUUCGUCAUUGAAAUUUUUGAGGCGUUAGAGAAUUUUUCUUAUGUUUGAUAGAGAAAGUCGUACGUUUCAGUAUUCUAAGAUACCUGAACUCGAAUAUUCUUAGGAAUGAGAGGGUCCACACAAACAUUAUUCAGAAUACAAUUUGGUUGAAAUUCAUAGUUACAAUUAAUUUGGUUUCCACUGACAUACUUUAACAUUUAUUUAUGAUAUUUUAAUUUUCAGUGUGGGUUUUAAUCACUGAAAAUAUUGUAUAAAUGGAUUACUUUAAAGUAAAUGAUUGAAUGCUUUUUCUUCAACGGUAUUAAAAUGCAUUGCAAACUCUAACAAAAAUCAGGCAUAUUUAAUCGUAAAAUGAUGAAUGCAGUUUUUGAGAACUGAUGUUGAAUAUUGUGAGAUGUUUUACCCCACUGAUGCCUCAAAUCAUGAAGAUAAUCAAAGGUGUCCAUUGGUAAUAAAGUUAUUACCAUGUUUCGCACUGACUGUUUAAUGUACACUUUAGGUGUAUUAAUGAUGAUUAUUUCCUGUAAUAUAUAUAUAUGACUGCAAAUUUUUUCUUGUACAUGUCGGCGGUUUCUUUCUAGCUUUAUGAUAGCUUAUAUGACAUUUUUCGGUUUAUCCACUGUUUUCUGUAUCUUUGUUUCCCGAAAC